AUGUUUUCCCCGCUAGCUUUCAUCGGACUCUGUCUGAUUAUUUGUUAUUUUGCGCCCCGAUUCUUCCAUCGACGUCCGCCACUGCCCCCCGGGCCCCCAUCGCUGCCGGUGAUAGGUAACUUGCAUCAGAUACCAAAGAAUUUCCGAUGGAAGAAGUACAAAGAAUGGCACGACAAGUAUGGCCCAAUACUCACGGUCAAAUGCGGACUGAGGACGGUGAUCUUGCUCGGAUCAUACCAGUCGGCCAGAGAUCUCCUGGAUAAGCGAGGAAGCAUCUAUAGCUCUCGCCCACACUAUGUUGGCUUAGGAGACUAUGGGUUCAACGGCGAUUCGACAACGUUUCUGCCAUAUGGGCAGAGAUGGAAACAGCGUAACCGUCUCCAGAUGACUCUUGUCAAUUCUAGCAUGGCGAAACGAUAUCGCGUUCUUCAAGAUGUCGAAAGCAAACAGCUCUUGCACAAGAUACUGUUAGAUGGAAGCCAGUUUAUGGACCUCUUCGACCUCUAUCAGGCUAAUCUGCUCCUUGUGUUGAUGUAUGGCAGGAGAAUCACUGACUUGGGGGAGAGAUAUCCCCCAGGAUAUAUUGAAAACCUGAUGGAUGUCGAGAAGGCGCUUCAGGAUAACCAUGUUAUAGAGCCUUACCCAUGGCUCGUUUAUGUACUGAACUUCUUCGGUGGAUGGAAAGCUAGGUCACAAAAGACCAACAAGGAGCAGUAUCAGGUACUCAAACGAUUAACAGAUGCUGCACUUGAGUCGGGUUCCUGGAAUUGGUCCAAGGCCAUGAUUGAGGGGAAAGAAGGGUAUAAAGUCGGCAGGGAAGAGGUACUGUGGACUAUUUCGAGCCUCUUCGAAGCCGGACACGCCGUAGGAAUGUCUCUGAGCGUUUUUGUAAUGGCGGCAGUGUUGCACCCAGAUGCUGUCAAGAAGGCCCAGGAAGAGCUUGACCGAGUUGUAGGGUUCGAUAGGCUGCCGACAUUUGAUGACAUGCCAAAUCUGCCCUAUGUUAAUGCCUUUAUAGCUGAAUUCCAGAGAUGGAGGCCCAUCGCCGUUACGGGAAUGCCUCAUGAGGUUAUCCAGGACGACGAGUACAUGGGCUACAGGAUUCCAAAGGGUACUCCGGUGGCAACCAACCACUGGUCGCUCGAGCACGAUGAGGAAACCUUUGGUGAUCCUAGCAACUUCAGGCCGCAGAGAUGGAUUGAUGACCCGGAGCUGCCAGCCUGUACUUUCGGCUUCGGUAGACGAGCUUGUCCUGGGCAGUAUAUAGCCCGUGACUCUCUGUUUUCAGUGGUAUCACGGAUGCUCUGGGCAUUCAACUUCAACCAUGUCUAUGAUGAGAAUGGGAUGAAAAAGGAGAUCGACCCGGAUAACAUGUCACAGAGCCAAGACUCACAGCCGAUGCCUUUCGAGGCCGCCUUCGACAUCCGUAGCCCGAGGCAUCAGGAGAUUAUAGAGCAUGAGAGCAUGACCUGUGAAAAGGACCUGGAUGUUAUCCUCAACGAGAUCAAGCCUAGUGACAAGUAUUAG